UUCUUUUUAGCUGUCCUCUCUCUCAAUGAAACCUCGCCCAUUCCCUAAAUUUUGUGCGGGACCCUCUCGCUCUAUCUCUCUCUCUCUAACAGUACAUUGUUCGUACUCUCUCUCUCUCUCUAAAGAAAACUCCUUUUUGUUUGUUUUUAUUAUUUUCUGUGUACAAUUCGAUCUUCUACUUAAUCCGAUUGUUCAAUGCCGCUACUAUUAUUGUGUGAAUUAUUGGCGGUUUAUGAAUUUGUUGAUAUCUCCUCAUGUGGGUCGCAUUAUUUUAUGCUACUUUAGAGAUGGUUUCUGAACUUGCCAAAAGAAAUAAAAAUUCAGAGUGGAUAUGAGCAGAUCCUGGUUGGUUUGACUGUUUGAGUAGAUGGCUGGAUAUUCGAGAUUUGAAUCCAGUUCAUCUAAUCUGCAGGAAUUAGGUUUUACAGGGAGCUAUCCAAAUGGCCAGCGGAGUAAUUAUUCUAAUGCUACUUUGGAUCGGUCUGGAAGCUUCCGGGAGGGCAUUGAGAGCCGGGUGCUUGGUUCUGGACCUAGUACACCCCGAGGUAGUGCUUUAUCAGAUAUGGCCUUGCUUUCUCACUGUUUGUUGUUGGAUCCUAUUACAAUGGGGGAUCAAAAAUAUACUAGGUCAGGCGAGUUAAGGAGGGCUCUAGGGAUAUCUCUUGGGAAUGCUGCAGAAGAUAAUUCUUUUGGAGCUGCUCACUCGAAGCCUCCCCCUCCUUUGGCUACAGGGGAACUGAAGCGCUUCAAAGCAAGUGUAUCAGAGGCCACUUUGAAGGCCAGGGCUAGAAUAAAAAAGUUAAAUGAAUCCUUGCUAAAGUUGAACAAGUAUUGUGAAACAUUGAAUUUGAAGAAGCAACAACGAAAUGAAAUGUUGGUGACUGAAAGAUUGGGUGGGUCAAACUUUAUGAAGAUGGGAAUUCACAUUAAUCGAAAUGCUUCUGAUCUUGGAACUCAAAGAUUAGAGGACAGGACUAAAAAUAUUGUUUUGAAUAAGCGGGUUCGGUCUUCAGCAGCAGAGUUACGGGCUGAUGGCCGAAGCAAUACCUUACCAAGGCAGCUUCUGGUCAUGGGGAAGGAUAGAGACAUGCUUAGGGAAUGUGGUGAGGCUUCUGAUUUACCUGUAGAGAAGGUUCAGAGAAUGCCUGCUGGAGGGGAUGGGUGGGACAGAAAGAUGAAAAGGAAGCGUUCCAUGGGCUCUGUUUUUGCCAGAUCAACUGAUAGUGAUGGAGAGGUUAAAAGAAUCAUGCAUCAUAAGUUUAACAAUGAACCAGGUUUGCAGUCGUGUGAUGCCCAGGGCUUCAGCACAGGAUCUUUUAAUGGUAAUAGUGGCAUUAACAAGUUAGACACAAGUUCAUUGUCAGCUAGUUCAAAUCCACGUUCCAUUCGGAAGAAAGAAUCCGAAAAAGUUUCUUUGACAAGAGAAUUUGCAGAUGGCAUGAAUAAGGAACGAGUUGUGGCAAAAGCAAACAAUAAGUUAAAUAUACUUGAAGAUAAUCAUUUUUCUGGUCCAAGUCUAGUGAUAAAGGGAAAAGCUUCCAGAGCACCUCGAACUGGCUCUGGAAUGGUGGCAAAUUCAUCUCCUAAUUUUUCUCAUACAUUUGGGGCCCCCAAUGGCUGGGAACAAACACCAAAUGUAAAAAAAGUCGGUUCAAUUGGGGGGACCAUUAAUCGCGAGCGCUCAACGCCGGCAGGGUCAUCCUCACCUCCAAUGGCUCAAUGGGUUGGUCAGAGGCCACAGAAAAUUUCUCGUACUAGGAGAGCAAAUGUGGUCUCCCCUGUUUUAAAUCAUGAUGAAGUGCAAAUGUCAUCAGAUGGGGGACACCCAUCUGAAUUUCUUGUGCGAUUAAAUACAACAGGGAGUAAUGGGUCACUAUUUGCCAAGGAUGCAGCUAACGGAAAUCACCUAGUUAAAGUGAAACAUGAAAAUGUUUCAUCUCCUGCUAGAUUAUCUGAAAGUGAAGAGUUUGAUGCUGGUGCAAAUCAUGAGGGUAGACUGAAGGAGAAGGGUAUGGGAAGUGUUGGAGUAGAAGAAAUAUCCCAAAACCACAUUGUUGGUCCUGUAGUUCUCACGAAGAAGAAUAAAAUACUGAAUGAAGAAGAAACUAGUGAUGGCUUGCGGAAACAAGGCAGGAUUGGUCGAGGUGCAUUAUCUUCUAGGGCUAGCAUUUCUCCAGUGAGGGAGAAGUUGGAGAGUCCGGCUUCAACAAAACCAGCUAGAAGUACAAGGCCCGUUUCAGAUAAGAAUGGAAGUAAGUCUGGCCGUCCUCUUAAGAAAAUAUUGGAUCGCAAGGCCUUUACUCGUGUACAAACAGCAACUUGUGGUUCCCCAGAUUUCACAGGUGAAACAGAUGACGAUCGAGAGGAAAUAUUAGCAGCUGCAAAUUUUGCUCGUAAUGCUAGCUUUGCUUUUGCAGAUCUUUCCUGUUCCAAUUCAUUUUGGAAGAACAUAGAGCCGGUUUUUGCUUCCAUCUGCAUAGAGGAUUCAUCCUGCUUGAAGCAACAGUUGAAAUCAGCAGAGGAGCUUUAUGAAAGCUUAUUUGAGAUUUUCGGCCAUGGAAAUAAUACUUUGGGUGAUCUUGUGCAUCAAGAAGAUUUUCAGCCUCAACUCAUCUCUGAAGCAAGUGAGAGAAGUUUGCAAGACCAUGUUUGGCCAAACAAGCAAUUGACCAUAAGUUUGGUAGACCAAGGUAUGGAAAAUGGCAAAUCUUGUGGAAACUUGGAAAAAAGAAACCAAGCUACUCCGUUGUACCGAAGAGUUUUGUCUGUUCUGAUUCUGGAAGAUGAAUAUGAAGAAAUUGAAGAAAACAAUGGAGGGAGAAAUAUCUCUUUUCAAAACUGGAGAGAUAGGUCACCUGGUGAUACUUGCCUCCCUCUUGAUUUUGAGCCUAGGAAAAGUGAUAGAACUGAACUUGAUUAUGACUCCAUGUUGGGUUUUCAAACUAAGAAGCAAUCUUAUGUUGAUGGUGUUCCUUGUAAUGGAAAUGCUACUAUUAAUAGGGCCGCUAGUUUUCACAUUCAAUUAUGUAACGAUGAUUCAUUCCAAGGAGCUCAGGGAUUUAUGAGCUCAAAGGUUGGCAUGUUCCCUGGGCAUUCAGGAAAUAAUGAUGGGAAGCUAGUUGUGCAAACAAAUGCUUCUGGCAUUUGUGCUUUGGAUUGCAACUAUGUGCAGUCUUUGGAGGAGAGACUCCUGAUGGAACUUCAGAGUAUUGGCCUGUAUCCAGAAAUAGUGCCUGAUCUGGCAGAUGGAGAGGAUGAAGCAAUAAAUCAAGAUAUCAUUGAACUACAGAAAGGACUUCAUCAGCAGAUGGGUAAAAAGAAGGCACAAUUGAAGAAGAUAAUUAAAGAAGUAGAUGAAAGCAAGGAAGUGGAAGUUGGGGGCCUUGAGCAGGUUGCAAUGAACAGGCUUGUUGAAUUGGCUUACAAAAAGCUGCUGGCCACUCGAGGAAGUUGUGCUUCAAAAUUUGGUGUUCCUAAAGUUUCAAAACAAGUUGCCCUGGCUUUUAUGAAUAGAACUCUUGCUAGAUGUAGGAAAUUUGAAGAUGCUGGCCAAAGUUGCUUCAAUGAGCCUGCACUGCGAGACAUCAUUUUGUCUGCACCUCCUUGUGGAAAUCAGACAGAAUCCAUUAGUGGCUUUGGCUUGGCAGUUAAAUCAAAUAUGCAUCGUGGAGCUUCCAACUCUCAACAUGAUCCUGGUGCUUCAGGACCAUUGUUGAACAAAGGGAAGAAGAAGGAACUGCUACUUGAUGAUGUUGGUGGUAAUGCUUCCUUCAUAGCGACCUCUUCUCUUGGUAAUGCAAUGCUGGCUGGAACAAAGGGAAAGAGAAGUGAGAGAGACAGGGACAAGGAUACAGUAGCCAAAAAUUCUGUCAUUAAAGCUGGCCGUGCAUUACAAGCCAAUGUCAAGGUUGACCGCAAAGCAAAAUCAAAGCCCAAGCAGAAGACUGCUCAGCUAUCAACUUCAGGAGAUGGAAUUAGUAACAAGUUCAAAGAAGCAAGCAGCAAUGAGAAACGAGAAGUUGGCCUGAAUUCCUAUGGUUACAACCCUCCAGAUUCAUCCAAAGAAAGCAGAGGAGCUACAGAUAUUACAGACUUGCAGGAUUUAUCUUUAGAACUAGGUAUAACCAGCGAUAUUGGCAGCCAUCAAGAUCUGAGUAAUUUGUUUAACUUUGAUGAGGAUAGCCUGCCAGAAAAUGACUUAAUGGGUCUUGAUUUACCUUUGGAUGGCCUCGAAAUACCUAUGGACGACCUUUCAGAGUUAAAUAUGCUACUAUGAAGGCGGUAUAUUGUAAAUUUCAAUGUAUUAGGAUGAGAUUAUAGUGCUUUUGCUUGGGACCAAUCUGCUUAUAUAAUUUAUGUCCCUUGCAAACUUGCACUUGUAAUUAUUAUCAUUCUUUUUGGACACUUAGCUGAAAAAGUUAAAGAGAAGGAUUAAGGAAAGAAAUUUUGUUUGUGGUCUAGACAAUUUCUGAUGUAACAAAUUACAUUUUUAUUAUAAAGCCUUCUUUUUGAUA